AUGUCGUCCCAGCCUGGUUCAGGAUCCACACCGCAGGGCUUCGCCGCCAACACUCUGGCAACGCAACAGUUUCUGGAGCAGCGUGCUACAUAUCAAACCGCGGAGUACAAGGCGGUUCAGGGCGCUUUUUUCGGCCCGCCGCGGGUCAAGCGUACUGCACCCACUCCGGUGCAAAGCGGCUUGACCACACCGCAGGAAGACUCCGUGGCAGAUGAGGUUAUGAGGGAGGCUGAGGAGCACGCAGAGCCACCGGAAGAGCGUAAUUUGCUUACGCCUUUUUCUCUGCAGGACCAGGCCGCCUUGGAAGUUACCUUGGGAAGCUUGGGAGUCAACAUCAACGACCAAAACGCCGUCCAGGCCUGGGGCCAAAGGCAGCCAACCAACAAUGCCGAGAUCUUCAGCAUGGUUCGUGCAUACCAUGAAAAAGUGAUCCGGCCGGAGUACUACUCUUUGGUCAAAAAGGAGGUCGCAUGGAUGGCUUCGGAGAACAGGCUUUUGCAGAAACAUGCCUGUGGUCUCCAGCUCUUGACCACAGGCUUGCCGAAUGGUCUGAAGCCUGCAGAAAGAGUGUACAUGAUCUCGUGGGUGGUUUCGCAAGUUCCUUCCUUGGUGAACUUUUUGAAGCUGAGGGGCUAUGGCUCCGACCACAACGCCUCGGAGCUGGAAAGGCACAUGAACGUUUUCGCCCAAGAACCGACCACAGUGCCUCAGUCGGAGGGGUUCUAUUCCAGCAUGACCCUUCUCAGCUUUAAAAGUUGGGACACGCGGUCUGCUUUUUUGAACCACUACGGUGGAAGCUCCGGGGUGCCAGUCUAUAAGGACGAGAGCACCCCCAUUCACAAUAAGCAUCUGAAGGUGGCACCUUGCAGUCCGCAGUGGCAGCGCAAGCUAGAGGCGCCGCUGCGUGUAAUUUUAAAUUGUGUGAACAAACACCCGGAACACAACGCCUCCUCCCGUCUCACCAUUUUGUGGAAGACCCUCACGCUUCUGGCUCCUCAGCAAGACGCUGAAUUUCACGAGGACCAGACCGCCUGGGCAAGGCUUCACUAUGGCCAGGAGGCAGGCGAGUUUGUUUGCAGGCUUGAGGUUGUUCCGGCACUUCUCGCAAUUUUGAAUGGCCCACCUUCGGAAUCCGAUUCCAAGACCACAUCGCUUUGGGAAGAGCAGUGGUACCAAACGAUGUGGGGGAAUCAUGCUGAGCUUGAUCGAAUGGAUGCCGAAGCCUUUUCGAGUGCCAAAAAGGAUGCAGUCCUUUCUGGCAAGGGCCUUCAGAAAGGAAAGGGCAAAAGGCACUGGUCUUCGGCUGCGGUGCAUACCAGUGCUUACUCUCCGUAUCCAUUCGAUCUCCAUUUUCAAGUUGUGGAAGCGGUCUAUUUUUCAUGGGAUGAGUUCUGUGAUAAGUACAGAAAGGAAGACCGCAAGGUGGGUGACUACGAAGUGGCCACUGUACAGGGCCGCCCACCAGUGGGGAUAGGAGCUGAGCUCCGAUCCGACCACACCGCCACGCGCUUUGCAAGUUUCGGCGCCACGCCAGCGGCUUCCACAGCCACACCGGCGCACGCUCCAGCCCCGACCACACCGCCGACAAAGGGUGGGAAGGGCAAAGGAUCCUGA